CGGCGGCGAAGCGGGAGGGGCGGUGCGGCGCUUCCGCAAAGAUGGCGGCGGCUAGGGGCGCUCGCCUGGCGGCCUGGGGCGGGAGACUGCGGCGUGGGCUCGCGGCCGGCCAGCGGGUGUUACCGGGCCCCCGCCCGUUGGCGGCAGCAGUGGCCGGGGUGGCCCUGGCAGGAGCAGGAGCGGCGUACUACCACGGCCGCGUGAACGUCGCGGCUCCCGAGGGCUGCCUCCGCGUCCUAGCCCAGGAAAAUGUUGACUGUGGAGAGAUGAUAGGGAAAUUGUCCCUUCGUAAACAGCGCUUCAUGCAGUUUUCUUCACUGGAAUAUGGAGGAGAAUAUUACAUGACACCACGAGACUUCCUCUUUUCUGUAAUGUUUGAACAAAUGGAACGUAAAACUUCAGUCAAGAAGCUGACAAAAAAGGAUUUCGAGGAUAUACUGGGAGGAAUCCAAACAGCUCCUUGUGGAUCGACCUUUUUUAGAGACCUUGGUGAUAAAGGGCUAAUUUCAUAUAUGGAGUAUCUUUUCUUGCUUACAAUCCUUACUAAACCCCAUACUGGUUUUCAUGUUGCUUUUAAAAUGCUGGAUACAGAUGGUGAUGAGAUGGUUGAGAAAAAGGAAUUUUUUAAGCUGCAGAAGAUCAUAAGUAAAGAAGAUGAUCUGAAGACUGUAACUAAAGAAACAGAAUUCCAGAAACCAACAGUAAAAGAACCUGAAAUUAAUACAACCCUUCAGAUACAUUUCUUUGGAAAAAGAGGAGAAAGAAAACUUCAUUACAGAGAAUUUCGAAGAUUUAUGGAAAAUUUACAAACAGAGAUCCAAGAAAUGGAAUUCCUUCAGUUCUCUAAAGGUUUGAAUUUUAUGAGAAAAGAAGACUUUGCAGAGUGGCUACUUUUUUUCACUAACACUGAAAAUAAAGACAUUUAUUGGAAAAAUGUGAGAGAGAAGUUGUCAGCAGGAGAGAACAUUAGUUUGGAUGAAUUCAAGUCAUUCUGUCAUUUUACGACCCAUUUGGAAGACUUUGCUAUUGCCAUGCAAAUGUUUAGUUUAGCUCAUCGCCCUGUCAGACUAGCGGAGUUUAAGAGAGCUGUCAAAGUGGCAACAGGACAGGAGCUCUCCAACAAUAUUUUGGACACCGUCUUCAAGCUCUUUGAUUUGGAUGGCGAUGAGUGUCUGAGCCACGAGGAGUUUCUUGGGGUGUUAAAAAACAGGAUGCAUCGAGGCUUAUGGGUACCACAACAACUAAGUAUACAAGAAUACUGGAAAUGUGUGAAAAAAGAAAGCAUUAAAGGCGUGAAAGAAGUCUGGAAACAAGCUGGAAAACAUCCUUUUUAAAAAAAAAUAACAUGGAGAUUAUAUUACUCCAAAUGUCAGAAUAUGGGAUUUUUUUUUAAGUACUAAAUGUUUUCUUCUUAAGUCUUACUGAUUUCCUUUGAAAUAUAAAUAUGCCUUGUAUUUGUUCUCUGGCUAUUCUCUGAUAUAAAAUAAUUUCUUAAUGCAAUUUCAUUAAAGAACUUAGUAAAAUGAAAGUAAUCUUUUAUAAAAACAGGUAUUCUGUCAGAAUGUCUAGGACUGAAGUAAUGCUUUGUACUUGAUAAGAUGGAAAACGCUGAUUUCUUAGACAUAAAAACACAAUAUACCCUCUAGAAGGAUCAGCAAGUACUUAUAGAAAAAGGUAAUUGAUAUACAAGGCCAGUUUCAAUUCCACAAAUCCUGAUGUUCCUUAUAGGGCAAAUUAAGGUAAAAACAUUUUGGGUUUUCUCAUCUGUAUCUUACAUAUCAUAAAGUUCUUGUAUAUUUUAUUUUAGUUGGCUGCAUAUUGGUUAUCUUAAAAAUAGCAUAAAUUUCAGUAUCCUAUCUGGAAACAGAAUAAAGUAUUUAUAAAGCCAAAAAUUAUCAAGGUAUGCUUUGUUUUCCAUGUUUUUUUUAAAGUAAAUACUCAUUCCUUGCCAACCUCAUUAGUUUAUGUUCUUAAAAACUUGUGUAAUUGGGAUAAUCUUGAUCACAAAAUCAGGAUCUCUUGGGGUAUAUAUUGGGUUGUGGGUAAAUAUUUAAAGUGGCACUAGAAAUUAAUUGGCAUUAAAUAUAUAAAGGUAUCAUGAAAUGGUAUUUUUUAAAUGUAAGGGGUUUUUUAAAUGUUUUAAAUAUGCUUCUCAAAAAUAUUGGAGACAUUUAAAACAUGUAUCAGUCCCUAGAUCAGUGACUGAGUUCACGACGAGCCUGGGACAUCUCAUGCCUGGAAGGAAGUGCUCACAACAUAACGGGACACAUCAAGAGGGCAAGAGCCCACUUGAGGGAGCUUCCCGAGCUAAAUCUGACACAGUUUGAGCAUCAAAGUAAUUAAUAUCAGUAAUGGAUUAUAACCUGUUGAAUAAAGCCAGAACCAUGAGCUUACAUUGAAAAUUAAUUAGCUGUCUGAUAAAUGGGGCAAGGAAAACCUCUUUCCUACAGUUGUUAAAGGAUAAGGUAUUGAAAUACGUUAAUUGGAAGGCCUUGAAACACGCUAAAUUGGGAGACUCUUAUAGUUUAGAUUGAGAUUGACAAGUGGUAAAAGGUUUCAUCCAAGUAUUAGUCAAAAAAUAAUUUUUUAAUAAAAAAUAAAUUUA